GAUCGGACUUCUGGCGCAAGACCUUUACUAGGAACGUGCGGACCGGACGCUAAUGAGUUUCUGGGCCUGGAAUUGACGCUGUCGAACUGGGCCCAGGGGAGAUUCGGCCAGGAUGUGGUCUUUUUAAAGGCCUGCAAAUUCCCCAGUCGUCGAUGACAGGAUUUCCAUGAAACUGUUGGGCCAUACUGGGGUGUGUUUUCCACCUUCGACCUCCAGUAUAUUUGCUUAGAACGAUUCAAGAACGCAAAAAGAGCACAAGAAGAGCAACGAUCGACGCUAUAAUAUCAAUGCUUGCCAUAGUCGCUUCGGAGUUUACCUCAAUAUAAGGAGGACCGCCGCACUGUGGCAUUGCAAUUUUCGAGUUUUUGGGAGGUCGUGUACUCGCCUAUCGACUGUUCCCCACAUCAACACCUAUGGAGGGUGCGAGUGUCGAUCCUGAUGCGAGGAUCAUCGCUCCGGAUGGAUUACCGCUGACCAUCAUCAUCAUUUCAGGCGUCUUUCUUGGUCUUUCCGUCCUCGCAGUGUCUUUAAGGACAUAUGUUCGCCUUGCGAAAGGCACGUUUGGUCUCGAUGAUGCCUUCAUGGCAAGUGGAGCCGUUGUCUAUACUGCAGUCAUAGGACUGGCAAUAUACGGAUGUCUAGUUGGACUCGGAAGACUAGAGAAAGAUCUCAAUGCGUGGCAGUACUCUGAGGCCAUGAAGUACUACAUCAUCUGGAUUCUGAUGUACGUUGUUGGCCUUGCGAUGGUGAAGUCGUCCAUUUGCAUCACGAUCCAGCGUAUCGCCUCCACGAAGAAAGCACUCGUCUACACUGUCUGGGCCCUGCUUACUGUGACAUGGGCAUCCUUUCUCAUCACCUUCCUCGGAACCCUACUCUAUUGCCAACCGGUCCGCACGAUCUGGACGCCUACAUUGAUCCUCAGUGGCGAAGGUUCAUGCGCGCCUGUAGACACAUUCGUCAUCAUUGGCCAUGUUGCUACGGUAUCAACGAUCGCAACAGAUCUAGCGUUGGUUGUAGUGCCUGCGGUCAUGUUAUGGAAUACGCAGAUGAAGAGGCAGGCGAAGAUUCAGGCUUUUGGACUGCUGUCUUUCGCAUCGAUCGCAUCAGUGAUCACCAUGGUCAGGAUACCCUACGUCAACAAGUUUGAAGGAAUGAAAGACUUGCAAUUCUGGGUUGCACACACAAUACUCUGUUCCAACAUCGAAACCGGCAUCGGCUGCAUAGCUUCCUCAGUUCCCUCACUGCGACAUUUCUUCCGAUCCAAUAGUGAUGGGAGUUCUGGCCCCAGUAACAAGAGGAGUGGCACGGGAACCCAACUAGUCACGGUCGGUGGAUCACGCCAGCAACGACGACUACGUGAUAGUUUCCGGAACCCUACAGACAUCGGAUUCAGUCUGUCGACCGUGCAUCAUGGAAGAGCAGACGACAACUGGGAGCGUCUGGAUGGAGACUCGGAUAAGAGCGAUGCGCCGAUAGACCCGAAGAGGAUAUACGCCGAGCAAAGCUAUGCAGUGGACAUUGAAUCAGAUUCAGAGGCAAGGAAGGGAGAAUAUGGAUACCCACGUGGACAGGCUCUAUAACAAACGUUUGCUGUUGCAAAAUACUAGACAGCCUUAAUGACA